AUGAGCAGCAGCGGCGGCGAGAGGCAGACGGUGAGUUUUCGAGACCUGGUGGAGGAAGCUAAGAAGCGAGUUGUUCUUCUGGUCGUGUGUGUUGUUGGAUUGUCCUAUCUCAUGUCAUUGACUAGUGCAUCAGUUCUGGUCAAUCUACCUUCUGCUCUGCUCUUAAUAAUGAUACUUCGCUAUAUGUCUCUGGAUUUUGACACGCGGAGAAAAGCUGCAACGUACAAAGGCAAGCAAACAUCCACAAACAGUUCCCGAACAAAACCUGUUGACAGCCUUAAAUUAGUGCCUGAAAGGUCUGAUUGGAAGCUUAAGGUAAGUUCCCCUGUUGUGGAGGAAGCAAUCGACCAAUUCACGAGACACAUUGUCUCAGAAUGGGUGACAGAUCUGUGGUACUCACGCGUAACUCCUGAUAGACAAGGUCCUGAAGAGAUUGUAUUGGUCAUGAAUGGUGUAAUUGGGGAGAUCUCAAGUCGCAUGAGAAACAUUAAUCUGAUUGAUCUCUUAACGAGGGAUAUUAUCUGUAUUGUAUCUCGACGACUGGAGCUCUUUCGUGCAAGUAAACUAAAGAUUGAGAAACGUCAAACCAGAUCUUUCACCUUCGAAGAGAGAGACACUGCAUUAAAAUCUGUUUUGGCUGCUGAGAACAAUUUGCAUCCCCUGUUAUUUUCCACUGAAUCCGAGCAUAAGGUUCUGCAGCAUGUUGUGGAUGGCCUCAUUUCACUGACAUUUAAACCCGAGGAUCUGCAGUGCUCUGUAUUCCGGUAUAUUAUUAGAGAACUCCUCGCUUGUGUUGUAAUCAGACCGAUUCUGAAUCUCGCUAAUCAAAGGUUUAUAAACGAGAGAAUAGAAUCUCUAGCUAUUUCGGCUAGAAAAACUGAUAAAGGGUCCAAGGCAACAACCACAGACCCAUCACGGAAAAUUCAACCCGACCAUGCUUCUCAGACACCUGAUCCUUCUAGCAAGGGUCUUGAGUUGGUGCAACUGAAGAAGGAUCAGAAUAUACAAGCCACCAAGAAUAUUGCACCACAUGAUAUGAAUGGAACGCCUCUUUCUAAGGACCCUUUGCUUUCCAUGGAUACACAGUCCACCCGUUCUUGGCAUUCCUUACCUGAUGUUCAUACUGGUGAGGGAACAGAUAUCCAACGGCAUCCCUCUGGAGGAGAAUGGGGUAAUGUGCUGGACGAGUUUUCCCGGAGAAAGACUGAGGCAUUGGCUCCAGAACAUUUUGACAAUAUGUGGACCAAAGGAAGAGACUAUAAAAGGAAGGAGGACACAAAUCAGUUGGCUGAUCCUCAUCAACAAAAUUCUUUUGUUAAUUCCGUUCAACGAUCAAAAGUUCUUCAUGAGCAGAAGAAGGAGAGAGAUGCAAUAGGUAGUAAUAAAGGACGAUGGCAUACCAAUACUGGCGUGCACGGAGAUUUAUCCAUUGAAAGUGGGACAUCGGUUUCCUUACUCAACAAUGAUGAAAUCGUGUCUUCUGAUGAAGCUGAUUCCUGGAGCAGUAGUUAUACGGAAGACGAUGAUGGCACUGGCGUUAUGGGUCUUGAUUCACCAGGUGUCAAAGUCUGGGACGGUAAAAACAAAAGAAAUUUUAGCCGAAUUCAUCAUCCACUUGAAGCGGUCGACAAACACAAGAGCAGAAAGGCCAACAAAGGUCAGCUCCGUUCUAAAGAAAUGCGUAGAACCAAGUCUGCUAAGAAAAGAUCUAGACCCAGCAGUCAUAAUGGGCAUAUUUGGGAAGAGGUUCAAAGAACUAGUUUUUUACUAGGAGAUGGGUUGGAUGCAUUGAAUUCCUCCAAAACGACCAGCAAACCUGGAGGGUCGAGUGAGGACUCCGAUUCGGACCUGUUGGGCCGAAUUUGUAGUGGGGCCACAACUUCAUCGUCUUUGUCGUUGGCCUCUUUACCUGAAAGUCAAAGUCUUGCUGCUAGUUCAGCAAAACACUCGAUCAUUUAUGAUUCAUAUUUCAAAUUAAGAUGCGAGGUAUCGGGUGCCAAUAUUGUGAAGAGUGGAUCCAAGACAUUUGCUGUAUAUUGCAUAUCUGUUACAGAUGUUAAUGGUCACAGUUGGUCUAUCAAAAGAAGAUACCAACACUUCGAGGAGUUACAUAGGCGUCUUAAAGAGUUCCCUGAAUAUAAGCUUCAUUUGCCACCAAAGCAUUUCCUGUCAACUGGUCUAGAUGUAUUCGUAAUUCAAGAGCGAUGUAGAUUACUUGACCAGUAUUUGAAGAAACUUAUGCAGCUUCCUACUGUUUCUUGCUCCAUUGAAGUUUGGGAUUUCCUUAGUGUUGAUUCUCAGAUGUAUAUAUUUUCAGAUUCACUAUCGAUAAUCGAUACCCUUCCAGUUUGGCAAACUGAAACACCAUGUGAAAAGAGCAAGGAGUACCGGGAGCAUGUACGGGAAAUAUACGAUCCUUUAUGCUCUAAGAAAGAAACUUCCAAUAAUGGAAACCAAGAUUUUGCAUCAAGAACCAAGAGUGACCAUGCUUCUGACAGCGCAGGAUUCAAAGCAAAAGUGCAAGUUCCUUCUUCAUCGAAACAGCCUGAAAAAGAAUUUAAGAAAGCUUACGAGAACCCUACUACUGGCUCCGAGAACCCAGAGCAAAAUAACAUACCACCAUUCAGAAAUUCAGAAAGAACAGUAAAUAGAGACGGAAGACAGUCGGAUCCUGUUGCAACUGAUAAUGACCCUGAUCCACUUCCCAGUGAGUGGGUGCCGCCGAAUUUGAGCGUUCCUAUAUUAGAUUUGGUUGAUGUCAUUUUACAGCUAAAAGAUGGUGGAUGGAUCAGGCGAAAAGCUUUCUGGGUGGCCAAACAAGUCUUACAAUUGGGAAUGGGUGAUGCUUUUGAUGAUUGGUUGAUUGAGAAAAUCCAGCAUCUACGUAGGGGAUCUGUGGUUGCUGCUGGCAUCAAGAGGGUCGAGCAGAUAUUAUGGCCCGAUGGAAUAUUCAUCACAAAGCACCCAAGACGACAACAGCCCCCACCUGAUAGCCCAUCUCACAAAUCUACCGAGGACCAACCUUCGACUCCAUAUUCUCCUUCACGUAAUCCUGAAGAUGCUCUGAAGUUUGAGGAGAUGCAAAAGAAGGAAGCUGAAAGACGAGCCAAAUUUGUAUAUGAACUGAUGAUUGAUAAGGCACCAGCUGCUAUUGUAGGCCUCGUUGGACGUAAGGAAUAUGAACAAUGUGCCAAGGAUCUCUACUAUUUCAUUCAGUCAUCUGUUUUCAUGAAGCAACUAGCAUUCGAUCUUGUUGAGCUGUUGCUGUUGUCAGCAUUUCCGGAGCUUGACACCGUAUUUAGAGAGUUUGAUCAGGAGAAAGAGAAGUUCGGCAAACUCGUACUAAGUUAG